AUGACCAGCAGACAACCCUCCCGAAAAGGUAAAAAAGCCUGGCGCAAGAAUGUCGAUAUCACCGAUGUUAGUGCCGGCCUCGAGAGUCUCCGCGAAGAGAUAAUUCAAGGUGGAGUUGUUAAGGAAAAGACCAACGACCAGCUCUUUACCCUGGACACCACUGGCGACAUCGCUAUCGCAAAGUCAUUCACUAAAAAGCUCAAAUCCGACGAGAUCCUAUCAUCCCGUAGUGCUCUUCCAGCAAUAGAGGGGCGAAAGCGGGCCCACCCCACGGCCACAUCUACAAUUCGUGGCACCGGCAUCCUCCCCAUUAAAAAGCGUCGCAGCAAUGGCGUUUCCUACAAAGACCUCGAUCGUCUCCGCUCCAUUGCUACAAACCCCUCAUCCCAUUACAACUCCCGCGACAAAGAUGCUCCAGAGUUAAAGAUAGAUUACGACCCUUGGGCGACACCCAUAGCGCCGGAGGAAAAUAUUGCGGAAAAGUACCGAGCCAAGGGGCUAACCUUCCUGGAAGCGCCGGCAGUGGUGAAGGAGCCGAAGACACUAAAGCAACCACCCGUAUCUCUUGCCCAAACCGGAAAACCAGUUCCAGCUGUGCGCCUCCCGGAAGCGGGAAUAAGCUACAACCCGGAAUUCGAAAAAUGGGAUGCGCUUCUCCGCACGGAGGGCGAAAAGGCUGUGGAAGAUGAGAAGAAGCGCCUGGAAGAAGUUAAGGAGCGUGAGCGAAUACAAGCUCUAGCGGCAAUACCAGAACCCGAGCCCGUUAGUGAAAGCGAGAGCGACAGCAACAGCGAUGGGGAAGCACCGUUUAUCAAGAGGAAACAACCAGAACGCAAAACACAGGCUCAGCGCAAUAAACAACGCCGCCAAAAGGCUCAGGAGCUAUCCACCCUUCGAGCAAAACUGGCAAAAGAACAGGCGGCGGAGUUAUCACUCCUACGAAAGUACACCAAAGACGCCUAUCGGACUGGCGCCCUCGCCCAUGCCAAGAGUAAGGAUGUCACGGAUGUGGAGGACAAUGAGAAGAACCCGAAACUCAUGCGCAAGCACAGGUUCGGGAAGGUUGGGAUGGGGAAGGCGCCCUUGGAAGUUCAGUUGCCCGAGGAGCUGGCGGAUUCGCUCAGGACGUUGAAGCCCGAGGGGAGUCUGCUCAGGGAUAGGUUCCGCAGUUUGAGGGAGAGGGGGGUAGUCGAGUGUAGAGCUAGGGUCAUUGAGAGGAGGAAGUAUGCCAAGAAGGUUAGUGAGAGGUGGAGUUAUAAAGACUUUAAAUAGGUUUGGAACUCUGGAUAGAUCAGGAAGCGGUCGAUGUACGAUAUACGAUAUAAAAGCUAAUUGCCCAUACUAUCAUUCCACAAUA